AUGGAGAAGAAAAACGAAAAAAUGACAUUAAACACGCAAAUUUCCGAACUGCAUGAGCAGACACUCGUGAUAGAUUCACACAACGAUGCAAUCGUAGCACAUAUCCGUCGAGGCAAUGUCAGCCUCGCUGACGAAAACGCCCAAAACACCACAGAUCCAGUUGGCACUAUCGCUUAUCUCCGCGGUCCUGUUCCCCGUGAAGAGGAAGCUAUCGGCAUCCAACUCAACAUACCGCAAAUGCGGCAGGGAGGUAUUGAUGCCGCCUUUUUCGCUGUUGACGUGACACGCGCAUGGAAAAAUCAUCUCGCGUAUGCAUUAGAUGCCUUUGGCUGGUUCGAGGCAGAAGUGACAGCAAACGCCAACGACAUCUGUAUCGCACGGAAGGCAAGCGACAUCCGAGAAGCGAAAGCAUCUGGCAAACUCGCUGCAGUUCUUGUCAUUGAAAAUAGCGAAGCCGUCGAACGAAGUCUUAAUAUUCUCCGCUCGCUGUACAUGCUCGGUGUCCGCUCAAUCGGAUUGACCCAUAACCUCAAUACAUGGGCAUCGACAGGAAAUGAUGAAGAGGACAUGGGCGGCGGUUUGACUCGAUUUGGCAUGACAUUAGUCAAAGAGAUGAAUCGCCUCGGUAUGCUCGUGGAUGUCUCCCACAUUAGUGAGCGUGGCUUUUGGGACGUUCUGGAAAUAUCGGAACACCCUGUCAUUGCGUCCCAUAGCAACUGUAAAACGUUGUGUCGUCACUCGCGGAACCUGAGCAAUGAGCAACUCAAAGCCUUAGCGGCUAACGGCGGGGUUGUCGGUAUCACUUUUGUUCCGGGGUUCAUCACCACCGAUGGGUGGACGAAAAUGCCUCCCUUGGCGCAACUGCUCAAUCACUUCGCCUAUGCAAUCGACAUCGCUGGGAUCGACCAUGUCGGCAUCGGCUCAGACUUUGACGGUGGUGGCGACCUGCUCAAGGAUGCCAGUGAGUUCAUCAAAAUCGCUGAAGGGCUUAGUGAGCGUGGCUAUUCUGACGAAGAUAUCCGAAAAGUGCUUGGGGAAAAUCACCUACGUGUUUUUGAGGCGGCGUGUGGAUAA